UGUGUAGUUUUUGUUACCUUUUCACAUCUCAAUGAUUCUCAAGCACAAUGAGCUUCAAAUUUCACAAUUUAUUGUUGAUUUUUUAUUCCUUUACAACCACAAACCAUUUAGUUUAUUUCAUCUUAUGUAAUCAAGUUAAUUCUAUUUUCUAUCUUGUGCUUGAUUUGAUUUACGUAAACACAACAAAUACUCAUUAGAGGCUCUCUUUAAGAUUGUGUAAUCAUUAGUGAUACUUUUCUGUUCCAUUUUGUCUUCUCAACUGAUGGUCUUCAGUCAACAAUCAGUGGACAUUAUUUGAUAAGUUUUCUCUAUUAUCUAUUGUGACCUGAUAAUCUAUAAUGAAGAUGAAAAAGAGAUUAAGUCAAAAUAUUGUUCACCGUUUACGGAAUCGUGAGCUUAUGGAUAUUAAACCAAGAACUUCUAAACAUUACACCAAUCGAUGUUUCUAUCAAAAUAUUUUCCCAAAUAUGUCUGUGAUUAACAUCGAUAAACCUCCAUGUUUUCUUAGGAAAUUUACGCCCGAUGGAAAAUAUUUGAUCGCUUUCAGUAAUGAUCAAAGUUCAUUACAUGUUUACACUUAUCAAGGACCCGCUGUAGCUAAUGAGCUACUUGAAAAGAUCAACAUUGAGGGCGAUUUUGUCGGUGGAGAGCGAAGUAGAUUGGAUGAAUCAGCCUUCAUUCAAGCAAAUAUAUUUUCGCACUUUUUUAAGCUCAAACACAUCGUCAAUUUAACUUCAAACUACGAAAGAUUAAACCGGGAAUGUAGCCUGUUCACCAAUGAUAGUAGAUAUGUGAUUGUCGCCAGUUCUGCAACAAUUAACGAUCAGGUAUUUCCAAGUUAUUAUGAUGUCCUUCGUAACAAUGAAAGUAUGAGUGUAAAUAUUAGAUUUUUUCUUGAAGAUUUUUGUAUUUACCUAAUCGAUAUGGUUAAGGGUAAAAAAUGUGAUCAACUGAUUUUCAAAACGGAUUAUAUUAUAUUAUCUCAUAAUCAAGGACUCUAUCUACACGAUGAUACUCUUGCCGUUCUUUCAAUUCAACACCAAACUAUUCACAUCUAUCAUAUUGUUGAUAGUAGUACAACUGGUAAAAAAUUUCUUCUCAUCAAUUCCAUUGGUCGAUUUUGUUUUGAAGAUGAUUAUUUCGUUAUUUCAUCUCCCUUUGAAGAGGUUAAUUCAAUUUCUCCACCAUCUUCCUCAUCAUUUGCAUCACCUAACUCAACAGCAUCAUCAUCAUCAUCAUCAUCAUCGUCUUCCCUUACUGCUCGAGCCACUUCACCCGAUCCAGCUUUCCAUGAGGUUUUCAUUAGUGCAUUAAAACACCGAUUUCUGGCCUUUCUUUAUCGUCGAGCUCACAAAGAAUCACAAACAACUGGAAAUGUCCAUCCGCUGGUCAAUUAUCAUCGUAAAUUUGAACACUAUCUCUCAUUAAGAAUGUCCAAAAUGCAGCUACUCGACAAAGAUCAUUUACUAAUAAAAUACGAGGUAAAUGAGAGUAUCACUUCACGUUUACUCGAUAAUCAUAAUCUCUCAUCCUAUUUUGUGGCCUAUCAAAUAUCAACGGCCACCAUUUUACAAAUUUAUGAGAACAAUUCCAAUGAAUUGUUGCAAAUAUUUGAAAAUUUUUGUGACUAUUUUCGCAAUACUCAUUCUUAUGUCUGUUCUGCUGGGAACAAUGUAUAUGCACGAACGAUUGCUCAGAGAUUUAAAAAGUUACUCACUCGUGAUGGUGGACCCACAGAGGCUACUCGUCGAAUCUUAUCUUUACUUCCGAUUUCCGCUCAGUCUUAUACUCCUUGUCCUUAUCUUGAUUUAUCGUUAUUCAGUUAUGAUGAUCGUUGGGUUACUCCAAUGGAGCGUCCAAAAUCUUGUGGUGAAUAUCCAAUACGAUUUUAUAGUCGAGAUGAUGGAUCCUUAAGGUUCAAAAUUCACGCUGAUCAUCAACAUAACGAUUCUCCUUCAGCGUUGAGAUUAGUCGCUUUUUCCUUUCAUCCAUACGACCCUUUUGCUCUUAGCAUUCAACGAACCAAUUCCGAUUUUGUCGUUAAUCUUCAUAUAAGACACGUACCUCAACGACUUUGACGUUGUCACCUUGUCUUCUUAAGACUCCUAGAGCUCCAUGUUGGAAAUGUUACAUCGCUGGAAGACCAACACAAUUCCAUUGGUAUGAUUACUGUCCCUUCGCUGCUGAUCAAGAAGAUCAAAGUACCAAUGA